UUGCAUUUUCUAUGUUCUUGUAUUGGAAGACCGGGGUUUGUGAAUUCAGGGUCCUGGGAGACCAGAUAUAGUGAAAGCAGGGAGACCAGAUAUAGUGAAUGCAGGGAGACCAGAUAUAGUGAAUGCAGGGUCCGGGGAGACCAGAUAUAGUGAAUACAGGGUUCGAGGAGACCAGAUAUAGUGAAUGCGGGGUCCUGGGAGACCAGAUAUAGUGAAUGCGGGGUCCGGGGAGACCAGUAUAGUGAAUGCGGGGUCCUGGGAGACCAGAUAUAGUGAAUGCGGGGUCCGGGGGAGACCAGAUAUAGUGAAUGCAGGGUCCGGGGAGACCAGAUAUAGUGAACGCAGGGUCCAGGGAGACCAGAUAUAGUGAAUGCAGGGUCCGGGGAGA